UGAUGAACACAAAAAAAUUAAAACAUUUUAAGCAAAACUUUAUUAAUUUCUGUAAAAACAAUAAACUUCUCUGAACAGUAAAAACGCAGUUGUCCACAAGAAUUAAAAAAAACUUUUUUUAUCAGUUUUAGCUGUAUUUUGUCCUUUUUUGCAGCUCUUUCAGCCUCUAUUGAAAAGCAGCUCCAUGGUUACAUUGAAUAUUCUGAAUUGAUUAUAAAAAUGCUGACAGAUUGUUGGAUUUCUUGCGUAAACACAUCGAGUUGUUUUAUUGUUCCUGCAGUGUGAAGCACAUCUUUUCUUACGGGAAAAAGCAGAAUUAUUGAAGGGUUUUUUUUUUCUGUUACUUCCUUUACGCACUUCCUUCCAUCUGAUGUUCUGUUAUCAGUCUUUGGUUUGAAGCCUCUCGGUCGUCGGUAUAAAAAGAGUUCGGCUCAGAGGUCACCUCACUCUGAGCACAUCCUCCUCUCAGACAUGUCAGGGAAACUUGUCCUGGUGCUGGGCCUGCUGCUGCUGCARCUUGUGUCUGAUGCAGCCUCCUCGCCUGCAGCCGGAGAGGCGACGGCAACAAACCUCCUGCAGAAACUUCUGGCCCAGGAGGACAAGAUGAAGCCAGAGGUGCGAGCAGAGAGACGAGCACAUCUGUCUGAGGACGAGCGGGAGAUGAUGGCCAAACAGAUCAUGAGAACCAUUACAGAGGUGAUGAACUCGGACUGCAUGUCCGACCGGGACUACCAGGGCUGGGUGGACUUCGGACGCCGGGGAGCAGAAUGAUGAGCAUCUCCGACGACAAAAAAAAAAAAAAAAAAGGCAUGGGAGCUCGUCUUAACUGUUUAUAGUUCAGGUUGUACAGGGAGGGAGAACUUCCUAAAUAAAUGUGCAGAAUUA